UUGAACUUUGCAGCACACAUGCAAAUGAUGCCAGUGCCCUGAAGGUUCUCUUUUCUUCUCUCAUUCUAAUUGCGAAGCUGUUCUAUAGUUUAAAUUUCCAGGAUCUUCCAGAGUUUUUUGAAGAUAACAUGGAAACAUGGAUGACAAAUUUUCAUAGUCUUCUAACUUUAGAUAAUAAACUCUUGCAGACUGAUGAUGAAGAGGAAGCUGGAUUACUGGAGCUCUUGAAAUCACAAAUUUGUGAUAAUGCUGCUUUAUAUGCUCAAAAAUACGAUGAAGAAUUCCAGCCCUACCUGCCACGUUUUGUAACAGCAAUCUGGAAUCUGUUAGUCACGACAGGCCAGGAGGUGAAGUAUGACUUGCUGGUCAGUAAUGCAAUCCAGUUUCUGGCCUCAGUUUGCGAAAGACCACAUUACAAGCACCUGUUUGAAGACCAGAAUACACUGACAAGCAUCUGUGAGAAAGUUAUUGUUCCCAAUAUGGAAUUUAGAGCGGCUGAUGAAGAAGCAUUUGAAGAUAAUUCUGAAGAAUAUAUAAGAAGGGAUUUGGAAGGAUCUGAUAUUGACACCAGGCGCAGAGCGGCUUGUGAUCUAGUCAGAGGCUUGUGCAAAUUUUUUGAAGGACCUGUGACAGGGAUCUUCUCUGGAUAUGUUAAUUCUAUGCUGCAAGAAUAUGCAAAGAAUCCAUCUGUUAACUGGAAGCACAAAGAUGCAGCUAUUUACCUUGUUACCUCUUUGGCAUCCAAAGCUCAGACACAGAAGCAUGGAAUAACCCAAGCCAAUGAACUGGUUAAUCUGACAGAAUUCUUUGUGAAUCACAUUCAGCCUGAUUUAAAGUCUGCUACUGUGAAUGAAUUCCCUGUGCUAAAAGCGGAUGGUAUCAAAUAUAUCAUGAUUUUCAGAAACCAAGUACCGAAGGAACAACUGCUGGUGUCUAUUCCUCUCCUAAUCAAUCAUCUCCAAGCAGAAAGUAUUGUGGUCCAUACUUACGCAGCCCACGCCCUUGAGAGACUGUUCACCAUGAGGGGGACAAAUAAUACUACCCUCAUUACAGCUGCAGAAAUGGCACCGUUUGUAGAAGUGCUGUUAACAAACCUUUUCAAAGCACUGACGCUUCCUGGCUCCUCUGAAAACGAGUACAUUAUGAAAGCCAUCAUGAGGAGUUUUUCUCUGCUACAGGAGUCCAUAAUUCCAUACAUCCCUUCUGUCAUCACUCAGCUCACACAGAAACUGCUGGCUGUCAGCAAGAACCCCAGCAAGCCCCACUUCAACCAUUACAUGUUUGAGUCCAUCUGCCUGUCGAUCAGGAUAACGUGCAAGGCGAACCCGGAGGCCGUGGGGAGCUUUGAGGAGGCCUUGUUCCUGGUGUUCACCGAGAUCCUGCAGAAUGAUGUGCAAGAGUUCAUUCCAUACGUGUUCCAAGUGAUGUCCUUACUCCUAGAAAUGCAUAAAAACGAGAUCCCAUCAUCCUACAUGGCGCUGUUUCCUCACCUGCUGCAGCCAGUGCUCUGGGAAAGGACGGGGAACAUCCCUCCGCUGGUGCGGCUGCUGCAGGCGUACCUGGAGCGGGGGGCCAGCACCAUCGCCAGCGCCGCCGCCGACAAAAUCCCUGGGUUGUUAGGCGUGUUCCAGAAGCUGAUUGCCUCUAAAGCUAAUGAUCAUCAAGGCUUCUACCUUCUAAACAGCAUCAUCGAGCAUAUGCCUCCUGAAUCAGUUGACCAGUACAGGAAACAGAUCUUCAUUUUGCUAUUCCAAAGACUUCAAAAUUCCAAAACAACAAAGUUUAUCAAAAGCUUUCUCGUCUUCAUUAACUUGUAUUGCAUAAGAUAUGGGGCAUUAGCUCUGCAGGAGAUAUUUGACAGCAUACAGCCAAAGAUGUUUGGAAUGGUUUUGGAGAAAAUUAUAAUUCCUGAAAUCCAGAAAGUGUCUGGGCAAGUUGAAAAGAAAAUCUGUGCUGUUGGCAUUACAAAAAUAUUAACAGAAUGUCCUCCCAUGAUGGACACGGAGUACACCAAGCUGUGGAUUCCUUUGCUGCAGGCCCUCAUUGGCCUCUUCGAGCUGCCGGAGGAUGACACCAUCCCUGACGAGGAGCACUUCAUUGACAUCGAGGAUACUCCAGGCUAUCAGACUGCCUUCUCCCAGCUAGCCUUUGCUGGGAAAAAAGAGCACGAUCCUGUAGGUCAAAUGGUGAACAAUCCUAGAAUCCAUCUGGCACAGUCUCUUCACAAACUGUCCACAGCGUGCCCAGGCAGGGUUCUGUCCAUGCUGAGCACCAGCCUGAACGCAGAAGCGUUGCAGUAUCUCCAAGGAUACCUCCAAGCUGCAAGUGUGAGUCUGCUCUGAGAUAUCCCACGAGCAAGAUCAAAAGCUGGUUUGUUACACAGAAGGUUGACACUGACUUUUUUUUCUAGCAGAACUCAGACAAAACGAAAAAUGCUGCUUGAAAUCGUAUUGCAGAUUCCAUCUUGUAAAAGAUAAAUGUGGCUUUAAGGCAAAACUGAAAGAAUUUCUGGUUUGUGUACUCCUAGCUAAAGGUGGCCAACUUCCAUUCCCAGUCUGAUUUUCAAAGGGAGUAGUCAUAGCGGUUUGGUAUGGGAUUUUAUUUGAAAUCUGCAUCUGCAGUGUUUGGAUAAUACUUGGAAUUGUAUGGAGAGCACUGGCUGUAGAAACUCACUUCAGUCACUAAAAUUCCUUUUCAUUUUAAUGUUGUCCUUUGUAUUUCUUUUGUCUUUCCUUAAACUUUAUCUAAAUUGUGAAUAAAUAAGAAGUACUUGUUUAAAUUGCC